AUGAGAGAAAUCCUCCACAUCCAGGGCGGGCAGUGCGGUAACCAAAUCGGUGCCAAAUUCUGGGAGGUUAUCUGCAACGAGCACGGCAUUGAUCAUACCGGACAAUACAGCGGCGAUUCCGAACUUCAGCUUGAACGCAUCAAUGUCUAUUACAAUGAGUCUGGUAGCGGAAGGUACGUUCCACGCGCCGUCCUCAUGGAUCUUGAACCUGGCACCAUGGAUUCCCUUAGAUCAGGACCGUUCGGUCAGAUCUUCCGGCCUGAUAACUUCGUUUUCGGACAGUCCGGUGCCGGUAAUAACUGGGCGAAAGGUCAUUACACAGAGGGAGCUGAACUUAUCGAUUCCGUUUUGGAUGUUGUGAGGAAGGAGGCCGAGAAUUGCGAUUGCAUGCAGGGAUUUCAAGUGUGUCAUUCAUUGGGAGGUGGAACGGGUUCUGGAAUGGGAACGCUUCUUAUUUCCAAGAUUAGGGAAGAGUAUCCCGAUCGAAUGAUGUUGACGUUCUCUGUUUUUCCUUCACCUAAGGUGUCUGAUACAGUCGUGGAGCCUUACAAUGCCACACUUUCUGUGCAUCAGCUCGUUGAAAAUGCCGACGAAUGUAUGGUCUUGGACAAUGAGGCUCUCUAUGAUAUAUGUUUCCGUACAUUGAAGCUCGCCACACCAACUUUUGGUGACCUUAACCACCUCAUUUCUGCUACCAUGAGUGGAGUCACUUGUUGUCUGCGUUUCCCUGGGCAGCUGAACUCUGAUCUUAGAAAGCUUGCUGUCAACCUUAUCCCGUUCCCUCGUCUCCAUUUCUUUAUGGUCGGGUUUGCACCUCUGACAUCAAGAGGAUCCCAGCAGUACCGCAACUUGUCUGUGCCUGAAUUGACUCAGCAGAUGUGGGAUGCUAAGAAUAUGAUGUGCGCAGCAGAUCCACGCCAUGGUCGUUAUUUGACUGCUUCAGCAAUGUUCCGUGGUAAGAUGAGCACUAAGGAGGUAGAUGAGCAGAUGAUAAAUGUACAGAACAAAAACUCUUCAUACUUUGUGGAAUGGAUACCCAACAAUGUCAAGUCUAGUGUGUGUGAUAUACCACCAAAUGGUCUUAAGAUGGCAUCCACUUUCGUUGGAAAUUCAACAUCCAUUCAAGAGAUGUUCAGGAGAGUUAGCGAGCAGUUCACGGCUAUGUUCAGGCGUAAGGCUUUCUUGCAUUGGUACACUGGUGAGGGAAUGGACGAAAUGGAGUUCACCGAGGCUGAGAGUAACAUGAAUGAUUUGGUGGCAGAGUACCAGCAAUACCAGGAUGCUACUAUUGAUGAGGAAGAGUUUGAGGAGGAGGAAGAUGAACUUGGCGCUUAA